AUGGCGCCUCAGCCCUGGCGGAUGCUGGUGGCUGAGCUGUGCCUGUGGCUCUGCUCGUGGGGCUGUGGGGGCAGCUCAGGUUGCAGCCACGUGCUGCUGGCAUACUCAAUACAUUUUGGCCAUGACAUGAAGCCGGCAAGAGGCACUCACGUGAGCUACCACAGUGCCAGCCCCAUGGUCCUGCAGCACCCCUGCGAGGGACAUGGCCCCGGUGGGAGGGAGGCAAAGGUGGCCACGUACCUGGGGAAGGAUGUUUUCAUCAGCCUGAAUGCUUUUGAGAGCAGCCUCUCACCAUUCUCCAUCCCAGAAGAGCUUCAGGCCAAGGAAGCCAUCGUCAGUGCCAUUGUCUUCACACACAAGGACAAGGUCUUGAUGGUGGUCGACGGCCGGGUCUACGUGUAUUUCAAGAGCCUCAACAGGGGCUCCCAGAUUGCAGUCUUGACCCAGGACAGACACCUCUUCUACGGUAGCAUCAGCCAGGUCACUAGCAUGGUGCACACUGCCAAGGAUGCAAGCAUAGAUUUGAAAAACACAGGGAUGCUCUUUGAAGAAAGAGGGUGGCUGACCUUACUCAGUGCUGCGAUUAGCAAUUUCACUCAGCUGUAUGACUUCAAUAAAUGCAAGCUCAACUUGCAGUUAGCAGUCUGCAGAUCUCAGCAGUCCUGCACCACAGAGAUCCUCACGGGAGCCUUCCAGAACAAGAUCUAUUACACUGACAUGCAUGAAGGUCUGACUUUGAAGGCCACAUUUGUGCCCAAGCCAGGCAAAAGGUCCACUCCCUUGGUGACAGUGAGCAACCCCAUGUGCUGGCUUUCAGUGUUUCUGGAGCAGCAGUAUUUCUCUGAAUUUGCAGACACUGACUUCUGCGAUGGCGUAUGCGAUGGAGAGUUGUCUACUGAUGUGGCCAUCCCUGACAAUCCAAUUGGUUGUAUUGAUGUGGCUCCCCUGACUGCACUUGUUGCAAAGUGGACUUUGCUAGAGGAACAGGAGUCUCCAGAUCCAAAUACUGCAUGGACCAGAAGAAACUACAGGAGCUUUAAGGAUAGGAAUGGACCUGAAUUAAAGUGGCCCUCAGUCAAGUAUCAGGUUCUUGAUGGAGACAAAAAUAAGAUCAUUUUCCCUCCCUAUAAUGGUCUAUAUAUCUUUAAAGCCAUUGUAAUGGAUACAUUUUACAGUUAUUGUGAUUUAUCCCUAAACUUCUCAGUAUAUGUCUAUGGUGCUUUUCUCAGGAACUACCUACAUUUUUGGGCAUCACUGACAGUCUUUCUGAUUUUACUUUUGAUUUUUACAAGAUACUCCCUAUCUCAUUUAUCACUCUACAAAGUGAGAUGCAAAAGUUGA